CAGCCUGCAUUAGCUCAGCUUUGAAACACCCUCAGUCUGGGCUGGAGCGCGGAGUUGGGAGGAUGUGAGCUGGUGCGGCUGCAGUUCCCAUACUGAAAAGGAGAAGAGGCAGAAAGGCCACCCUCCCAAGGAAGGACUCCUUUUCGCAAGGCAGGGGACCCCGAGAGCAGCAGAAGGCGAGAAGGAGGCGCCUCCUGAUUUGGGGGAGAGCCUAGCUUCACGCUACAUCACCCCCCCCCUUCUUCUUCCUUUCCUCUCCCACUUCCAGCGAGCAACAUUUUUUUCCCCCUUCCCUUUCCUUUCCUUACUUCUUUUUUUUUGGUGGACAUGGACAGAAAGGAGAGAGAGAAGGAGAUACACCCCCCUCCCCCGGAUUGGUUCUUCUUUUGCUCCAGCGCAUAAGGGAAGGAAAAAGAACCCCACCACUAAACUUACAGAGAGGGUCGUCCGGAAAAGCGGACCCAAAGAAGCGCAACCCAAGCCAAGAGGAUUUUUUUUAAAUUGUAUUUUUUUUAAAAAAUAUGAAUAUGAGAUUCGGUGGCUUCCCCUCCCUGCGUCUUUAGUGGACAGCAACACAUAUAUUAUUAUUAUUUUUUAAAAGAAGAGGAGCUUUGUCGCUUGGGGAACAACAACCACAAAAGGUUUGGAGACAUUGAAUCGAGGCUGGGUGUUGCUGGAUCUUUGUGGCUUUUUAAACAUUUUCUGGCACGCUUGUUGGAGAGGGGCUUUCGAGCAGACAGAAAGGGAGCGAUCAUCCUCAAGGAAAGAAGAAAGGCACAGCAGCGAAGGCACCUAAAAUGGAGACUGUAACCAGGAGCAGUUUCCAGCCUCAUCCUGGCUUGCAGAAGACCUUGGAACAGUUUCAUCUGAGCUCCAUGAGCUCGCUGGGUGGUCCGGCCGCCUUUUCGGCGCGCUGGGCGCAAGAACUGUACAAGCGGGAGAACGGCAAGGAGCCUUCGUCGUCCUCCUCCUCCUCCUCCUCGGCGGAGCCCGUGCUGCACUUGCCGCCCAUCCAGCCGCCGGCGGUGAUGCCGGGGCCCUUCUUCAUGCCCUCGGACCGCUCGACGGAGCGCUGCGAGACGGUGCUGGAAGGCGAGACCAUCUCGUGCUUCGUGGUGGGCGGCGAGAAGCGCCUGUGCCUGCCGCAGAUCCUGAACUCGGUGCUGCGCGACUUCUCGCUGCAGCAGAUCAACGCCGUGUGCGACGAGCUGCACAUCUACUGCUCGCGCUGCACGGCCGACCAGCUGGAGAUCCUCAAAGUCAUGGGCAUCCUGCCCUUCUCGGCGCCCUCCUGCGGGCUCAUCACCAAGACGGACGCCGAGCGCCUGUGCAACGCCUUGCUCUACGGGGGCGCCUACCCGCCCGGCCGCUGCAAGAAGGAGUACGCCGCCGCCGCCGCCGGCGGGCCCCACCACGCCGGGCCCCUGGAGCUGGAGCUGACCGAGCGCAGCUUCAAGGUCUACCACGAGUGCUUCGGCAAAUGCAAAGGGCUGCUGGUGCCCGAGCUGUACAGCAGCCCCGGCGCCGCCUGCAUCCAAUGCCUCGACUGCCGGCUCAUGUACCCGCCGCACAAGUUCGUCAUCCACUCGCACAAGUCCCUGGAGAACCGGACUUGCCACUGGGGCUUCGACUCGGCCAACUGGCGAGUCUACAUCCUCCUCAGCCAGGAUUACGCCGGCAAGGAAGAGAAAGCCAGGCUGGGCCAGUGCUUGGACGACAUGAAGGAGAAGUUCGACUACAGCAGCAGAUACAAGAGGAAAGCGCCCAGGGUCCCAUCGGAUCCUCCUGCCCCCAAGAAACCCAAAACAGACGACUCCUUGCAGUCUCCAAUAGUUGGUGACAAAGAGAAACAGUCCAGUUGGUUACGGUCUUUGUCCAGUUCAUCUAGCAAGAGCUGUAUACACCCGCGACAGCGCCUCUCCGCGUUCCGGCCCUGGUCCCCCGCCGUUUCAGCAAACGAGAAGGAUCUCUCCAAUUUCAUCCCCGCUUUGAUCCGAGACAGUUCGUAUUCGUACAAAAGUUUUGAGAAUGCCGUCGCUCCCAACGUUGCCCUCGCCCCGCCUCCUCAGCCAAAGAUCGUAAGCAACCCCCCGUGCGCCAUGGCAGUGCCGCGGAGCAACGAGCCACUGAACAGCCCUCCCCAGCCAAGGAAAAGGAAACACGCCUCUGAAAACCCAGCCGUCCCCGAGCCUACGCCCACCGCCGCCGUCGCGCCCACCGCCACCGCCCUCCCCGCCGCUGAAGAAGAUAAGGAGUCAGAAGCCGAGAUCGAAGUAGAAACGCGAGAAGAAUUCACCUCCUCCUUGUCCUCACUCUCCUCCCCGUCCUUCACCUCUUCAAGCUCGGCCAAGGACAUGAGCUCACCCAGCAUGCCAGCGCCGCCCGCCGUCAGCAACGUCUUCGAAGCCACGAGCCACGUCGAGCCUCAGAACAGCGCCAGCGGCUUGGAGGCUGAGCUGGAGCACCUCCGGCAGGCCUUGGACGGUGGCCUGGACACGAAAGAAGCCAAAGAAAAGUUCCUCCACGAAGUCGUGAAGAUGAGAGUGAAGCAGGAAGAAAAACUCAACGCUGCCUUGCAGGCCAAACGCAGCCUACACCAGGAACUGGAGUUCCUACGUGUGGCUAAGAAGGAGAAGCUAAGGGAGGCAACCGAAGCCAAGCGCAACUUACGGAAGGAGAUUGAGCGCCUUCGAGCAGAGAACGAGAAGAAAAUGAAGGAGGCCAACGAAUCUCGGAUUCGGCUAAAGCGGGAGCUGGAGCAGGCCAGGCAGGUCCGGGUGUGCGACAAAGGCUGUGAAGCAGGCAGGCUGCGAGCCAAAUACUCCGCCCAGAUUGAAGACCUGCAGGUGAAACUCCAGCAUGCGGAAGCAGACAGAGAACAGCUGCGCGCUGACCUGUUGCGCGAGAGGGAAGCGCGAGAACAUUUGGAAAAAGUUGUCAAGGAACUUCAAGAGCAACUGUGGCCUAAACAGAGCGAUCUGCCCGGCAGCGAACACACAGCAAAAGACAUGGAAAACUAAGCCAGCUCUGACGAACACAAUGACACAGGCCUAAUCUGUAGGCCGGACAGACAAAAUAUGCACAGUAAGGGAGAAUGUGUGGGAGAGGUGCGUGCCCUGGGGCCUGCCACCGAUAAACCUGGACUUUAGGAUUAAUUGGAGGGCAAAUGUUACUCUUUAUAACAGAAGCACUGAAUUCCGCCUCUUUUUUUCAAUCCGUAUAGCACAAACAUCUUCCUGUGCCUAGAACAUGAAGAGUGUUUAUAAGCCUAAACUAAUUUUUGAGUCUGCAGCAAAAAAACAAACAAACCCACAACAUAUUUUUUUUCUACUGGUAAAACCCAUCUGACAAGCAGCAUCGGAGCGAAAUCAAAGACAAGCCACAGGGUCCUGCUUUCUGGGAACACUUUGGAAUUGACACACACACACACACACCCCUUUUGUUAUAAGCUAUUUAAAAAUGCAAACAAUUGAGUCGUGAAGAUGUGGUAUUAUAGCCAUUGAGAAGGUUUUUUUAAAAAAAUAAAAUAUAUUAUAUAUAUAAAUAUAUAUAUAUAUAUAUACACACACAAGAGGGGGGGUGCUGGAAAGGAAUACUUUCGAUGCCUAAUCUGUAAAGACAAAUUACUACACAUGUUGGGUUCUUUCUUAGAGAAGCGUGUCUAGAAACGCCCAAAAGUAAGCCAUGACCAUUCUAAACCAGGCAAUUUCUAUGAGAAUUUCAGAUUUAGUUUCCCCCUCCUAGUUUAAAAUAUACAUAUAUCUAUCUAUCUUAUGUUUCCCCACCCCCCCAUACUUGAACCAAGAAAAGAAAGAAAGUGAGUGGUGAAAAAGGGACAGUUGUUAUGUUUCGAAGGGGGCGUAGGAGCAGAAUUAUACCCUAAAUGAACCCAGCCUUAUUAAAUCCAGUGUUUGUUAAUCAUGCCGUAACAUAUAUAUCGAUUAUUAACUGAUGUGUUUUAAAGACUCGCUUCAAUUCCAGAGCACUUCAGUUUUACGAAACAAAUAGAAGAGUAUAAAUGAGAGAGAGAGAGAGACGGCUGGACCAGAAGUUGCUUCUGAAAUCUUUUCGGGGAAGAGAGUGUGGCGCGUGCAUUUGGAAACCCGUCUUUCCGGUUUCUCAGAGAACUCAUCCUCAUUUAACCAUCGCCUCAGAAAUUUCAGUAUUUUAUUGACUUAACCCCACCAUCAUGUGUGAGGAUUUUGGUGCCCCACAAAGUGUGCUCAACCUUGUAUUAAAGAAACAAGACUUUUCGCUGCUGUGAAUAAGCCUACAUUUCUUAUUCUUUAGGGGUGGGGUUGUCAUGGGGGCGGGGGUCUUUUUUGUAUUAAAUGUGAUAAAUACUUUAAUCUUGGGAUCUAUGCCGCAACCCCUCCCCUCCCAACAAUGGGUAUAAAAAUAUGCAGUAAAUGACACAACUCAGGGCAAAAUCCUAUCCCCAGUGGGAGUUUUGCUUCUACCCAAUUGGGGGCAACAUAACCCACUGGAUUUUAUUUUCCUUUUGAGAACGUUGUUUGUAAAGAACUUCACUUUGUUAUACUUUUUCCUACAUCCCUUAGAGAGACAUUUUAUCCUGUUGUCCGUUGUAAGUUGGCUUGGAUUUAACUCUACCCCUUCCACCUCCCGAUGUGGUCUUUUGAGAAUAAGGUGGUAUAUGAGGUUAUAAAAUUAUAAUUGUUAAAGCCAUGAUGGCCAUGGAAGAGGCAUGAUGGACUCACGUUUCCUAGGUUUGUUCUCUAGCAAUCAAGCAUGUAAUGUAGGAGUAUGAUCACUUGAGCCAUUCUGCCGUAAAAAUCCGUGAUGCCCUCCUACCACCAUGGCUAGGCCCGCCCCAGUAAGUUCUUCCGCCCAAAGCAUGUAAAGACUGUUUCCAUUUCAGGUUCUUAUCUAAAUAGUUUUCUAGACUCAGUCCCUGGGACCAAUGGGUCGGCCAUUUACUAAGAGCCUCCCUAAAUCCUUAAUUGGGGGAGGGAGACGCAAUCCCAUAGUCCCAGAAUCUUCCCAUAAUCCUGUUCAUGAACACUGAAGAAAAACUGCUCUCUGCGAAUGACAUCUUUCUCCAGUUAGCAAAGUGCGGCUGCUUGACCUAACAUUAAAGUAUUGACUUACAAUACACUAGAGGAAAAUAAAAUAAAAGUUGUAUU